AUGGCUGAAAAUAAUAACAAUAUCGAAUCGAUUUAUCAAGAAUCACGAAAACAAAUGGCAGAGUCCGAUUCACCUAGUGAUAGCGAUUUGGAUAUACAUAUAUAUAUAUCCAGACCAAGGAAGAAGAAGGGUAUUAUCGAACCUUUGUGUCAGGCAUGCGAACAACUAAAGUAUAAAAUUCCGACCGAAAUUCAAAGUGAGGCCAUUCCUUGGGCAUUACAAGAUCGAGAUAUAAUUGGGUUAGCACAAACGGGAUCGGGAAAAACUGCAGCUUUUGCUUUGCCCAUACUUCAGGCGUUAUGGGACGCGCCACAAGGGUUGUUUGCCUGUAUUUUGGCACCCACAAGAGAAUUAGCGUAUCAAAUAUUCGAAACAUUUGAAUCUUUGGGAUCAACAAUUGGUGUUCGUUGUGCAGUAAUAAUUGGUGGAAUGGAUAUGAUGUCACAAUCUAUUGCAUUAUCUAAAAAACCUCAUAUAAUCAUAGCCACACCUGGACGACUUCAAGAUCAUUUAGAAAAUACAAAAGGAUUUAGUUUAAGAAACUUGAAAUACUUGGUAUUGGAUGAAGCUGAUAAGUUGUUAGAUAUGGAUUUUGGACCAAUAAUUGAUAAAAUUCUAAAGGUGAUACCCAAGGAGCGUCAUACAUAUCUUUUUUCAGCUACGAUGACCACAAAAGUAGCAAAAUUACAACGCGCUUCGUUGAUAAACCCUGUGAAGAUCGAAGUUUCUUCAAAAACAUGUAAUGAUACACAACGUCUUGCUUUAAUAUUAAGAAAUCUGGGAUUUCCGGCAAUUCCUUUAAGUGGAAAACUUUCACAAUCCAAAAGGUUAGGGUCUUUGAACAAAUUUAAAGCUGGAAACAAAAAUAUCCUAGUGGCUACGGAUGUUGCUAGCAGUAAAGAUUAUAUUCAUAGAGUUGGACGUACAGCGCGUGCUGGAAGAUCUGGCAAAUCCAUUACAUUAGUUACUCAAUAUGACGUAGAGUUAUAUCAACGUAUUGAACAAGUGAUCGGAAAGCAAAUGGAAUUGUUUCCAAUCGAUAACAAAGAAGAUGUAAUGUUGCUUCAAGAGCGAGCGCGGGCGUCACGCCAUGCCUCAGGCAUAUUACCUUCAAAACAAUUUUUUGCUCCAAGAAAGCCUAUAUCACAAACCGCAAAGCGAAAGUCCAACAGUUCACCAAAUCCUCCCCCACCUACAUAUCAAACAAUAACUACAGCAAAUAAAACUACGCUCACUUCUACAUUUUCUAACAUUCAAUCUGAAGAAGUUUCUCUUUUACACCAACCUUCAAAUACUCAUUCAUCAAUCUCAAUUCCACCUAACCAGUCUCUCGAUCAAUCACUUGACACUUUAUUUAGUCCAGAGUUAUUGCAAGGUUUACCAGGCAGGACUUUGGAACCCAGCCGACCUACCAGCGCGCUUCUUCUUCGACGACUAUAUCGUCAACCAGGCGGAAACGAUGAGUUAACACAGAAUUCUAUUGAUUCUGUCUUGGAACCUAUCACACAAGUUUCAGAAUCAACGUAUUAUCAUCAAAAUAAUGGUUCUAAUUUGAUAUCGCGGGAUUUUGCAUUUUCAAAACAUUCAGAAAAUAUAUCAUCUAACAUGAAACUUAACAUAAUAACAUCAAAAUCACAUUCAAGUGCACCUACAAAAUAUACCACCUUUAACGCAAAUUCAUACGCAUCUGCUGUAAAAUACAUGCCACGAAUUAUUCCACAAUCAACAUCCAUACACCAUACUAAUGAUAAUAAUAAAAGGGGACGCAAACGUCUUUAUCAAAAUUGGCCAGGAAGAAAUCGAUUUUUUUUAGGUGGAAGAGUAAUGACCAGCAGAGAUUUUCCUGCAUUUUUAGUUGCAUUCUCUGCACUUAUAAUACCAUCUGGACUUUUUAUGGGAUUUACAUGUCCAUAUUUGUUUCAUAAUGUUUCGCCCGCCUUGGUCUUUGUUUUUGUAUAUUUAUUUUUAUUAGCAGUUACUAGUAUGCUUAAAACAUCAUGGUCUGAUCCAGGGAUUCGAGUACCUUUGGCACGAAGGAAUGGUACCAGAAAUCCUUUUGAUUAUAGAAAUAUUUAUAGAAAUUGCCUAUGGAUUCUUUGUCGGCCUAUGACACAAAGUUAUGUGAGUAGAAGAGCUUUUAUUGAGGAAGAAGGUGAUGACGAUGAAGAUACAUUGAAUAACACACCAACACAACCAACAAACAAUACAAAUACUGAAACAACAAAUCCAGAAACUACUAAUGUUAUAAAAAUAUCCACAAACAAAGAAUUAACCAAUACAGAACAUAUCUCCACCAUUACUGCCUCUAUAACAGAAUCACAUGAGCAGCAAGUGAGAUUUAGAUCAGAAUCUGAAGACCACGUUAUUCCUAACGUGAAAGUUGAAAAUUUUCCAGAAAAAUAUGCUUGCCCUAAAAUAAACAGAGACAUGCUCGAUAAAACAGGAUUCGUUGUUGGAAAUAUUAGCGAUUUUUCCGAUGAGUUCGUUCAAACCUUCUUUGUUAAACUUGCUAUCGUCACAAGAAACCCACCAAAAAUGCCUGAGUCCAAAACUGAUGACUUGGUUGCUGAUUUGCUUCGUAUUGCUCGGCUAAAUAGUUAUCCCUUUAUGAUAGCACAACAACUACCAAGUAAACUACAUAUUUUAAAUGAGCCUUACGUUUUGGAAACUCCUGAGUUUGAUAAAACCUUACAUAACGUUAACCCUUUUAAUGGAUAUGGAGAAAUACAAAUUGCUGUCGAAAUACUUGCAUGUGAAAGUGAAAAUGCUAUGACUCGUGGUGUUUCUGAUCAGGCUGAGAUUUCAGUAGAAUAUUGGAAAGAGCUUGCUAAAGGUUUACCCAUAGAAAAUUCAGUUGAAAUUAAAAGAUAA